AUGGUGAACAUCAAGACUCCGGUGCAAAUCUCUGCAGGAGAGGAGGGCUCACUGUUCAAGAGCCCUCGUCAUUCUUGUUGUUCAUGCCUACAUCGUUGCUCAACCGAAAAGAUGAAUUCACUUCCAUUGAAUGACGAACACAUUGAUGGACCUGCCCCUGUAGCUGAUGAUGUUGCCAUAGCUGAAUCAAAUCAUGCUUCUGAUAUUCAAGAUAGGCUAGAACUGGAUGGUGUUGAUAAACCAACAAAUAAACGUCAACGAAGGUUCACCUCAAAAAAAUUGCAAUUGAGAAGCAUCCAGCUAAAGCAGAGCAGCUGA